AUGGGUAGCCAGCUUCUAAGCAUUCAUUGCAUGAUCGAUAAUUCUUCUAUACCAAUUGCUUAUGCAUUGAUGGAAUCAAAAUCUAGGAAUUCCUACCAAUGUGUUCUAGACUUUAUGAAGGCAAAUGUACUUCCUAACCUUAACCCAGACAUUAUAAUCACAGAUUUUGAACCAGCCCUAAGAGAUUCACUUUUAUCUUCUUUAGGUGUAAGAGGAACAAGAGUUAUGGGAUGUUGGUUUCAUCACAAUCAGGCUGUAUGGAAGAAAAUGAGAUCAUACAAUUAUUUGGCAACUGUUAAUACAAAUCAGUAUGCAUUAAAAUCUUUAAGGAUGCUCAUGUGUUUGGCUCUAUUGCCGGGAGCAGAAAUAGAGCAAGGGUUUAUGCUCAUUAAAGCAUAUGCUACCAAUCAUAAUGUUCCAAUGCCAAACCUUUUCAACUAUUACCAAAGUUAUUGGAUAAGGUGUGUAGGUGUGAACGUUUUAUCAGUUAAUGGCGUCCCAAGAAGGACAAAUAAUAACAUUGAAAGCUUCCACAAUACUUUAAGAUACCAAUUUUCCGUCACUCAUCCAAAUUUAUGGGUUUUCCUAGGUCAAAUAUGUGCACUGAGUGUAAAGUACCAUACAAUGGUUACUCAGCUGGAAAAUGGCCUACAACCUACGAGAAACUUAAAAACAAAAUUCCUAUUAAAUUCCAAGCGCAUCAAACGGGCAACUGAACACCAUGAAGCUGGUAUACUGAGUGUUUGGCAAUUUUUG